GUUUUCUAUACCAAUAACUAACUCAGAGCUCUGUGGUGGGGUUCCGCGAACGUGUACCAUGCUCUAAGUAUUAGUAUUAGUAUCAGUACUGGUACUGGUAGUAAGUAAAUUAUGCAUGGAACGCUCCGAGCCUCGGAAGAGAGAGCAGUUGUUUUCAACACUUCGUUUCAGUUGUGAUAAGAUAACUAGUACCUCCUGCAUAGUUAUUUUCUUUGGAUUCAUUCAUCCUUUCCCAGCAUAUAACAUAGCAUUCAACCGCUGAAAAAAACAUAGCAAUCGUACUUCUGGACCGUAUACAGACACACAUUAACCAUGGGCUCAACCGCAAAGAAAAGCAUCAUCAUCACGGGAGGUGCAUCAGGAAUCGGCCUCGGUAUAACCCGACACUUUGCCGCAGACCCAAACACCCACAUCUCCAUCUUCGACGUCAACGUCUCCACAGGCUCCGAGACACUUUCUGCGCUCCGAACCGAAUUCCCUUCUGGCGCCAGCAUGAGUUUCGUCCAAUGUGACGUCUCGUCGUGGGAGAGCCAGGCUGAUGCGUUUGAGAAAGUAUAUGCGGAUCAAGGACGGAUUGAUAUUGUUUUUGCGAAUGCGGGGAUCUCGAAAGAGGGCAAGUUGAUUGAGACGGAUAGGGCCCAGAGGGAGGAGAAGCCGAUGAAGCCGGAUUUGGGCACGCUGAAUGUCAAUUUGGUUGGGGUGAUUUAUUCUACGAAACUCGCAAUCCACUACAUCUCCAAAAACGUCGCAAUCGACAAUACAGCAAGUAAAGGCAGUAUUAUCUGCACCGCGUCCAACGCAGGCAUAUACCCAUUCCCCAUCGCGCCCAUCUAUGCCGCUACUAAGAGCGGAGUCAUCGGACUCGUGAGAGCUCUCGCCCGCCCAUUGGAAAGGGAACAGAUCCAAAUCAACGCCCUGGCCCCGGCGGUUAUCCAGACGAAUAUCGCGCCGAGUCAGGACUUGUUUAAGCAUAUGGUCCUGACGCCGAUGGAGACCGCUACGAAUGCAGUGGCGCAGUUCUUGGCUGAUCCGACACUGACGGGGAAAGUGGCCGAGUUGCAUGGUAAGGUUGUCUCGUUCGCGGAGCCUCCGCCGUAUGUGGAUGAGGAUACGGAGAGGAAUAUUGAGACGUUUUGGUCGUUGGGAUAUGCAUGAUUAUAUUCUUGAGGUGGUUAGGAAUGAUAGCCCGUAUCCUGGGAUGUGCUGAGGUAGGUAACAUGGGGGGUGUGGGACCUAACUGCGUUCAAUGUAUAGCCAUGAGUAAAGGAUUAUAUUUCCAUUUCACGCAUAACCAGUUAUCUAGUGCCUCAAUUCAUUAACGCCUCGUUAUAUGCAGCUGCAAGCUACGUUC